GGCGGAGGGAGGAGAAGAAGGGAGGGGAGCGGAGCGGCCGGGCGGGGAGGCGGAGGGACGGGGCGCACCCGCCCCAGCCGCCCCACAGCCACCGUUCUCCUCCCGGCCGGCGGCAGCUCCCGGCGCCCCGAGCCGGCCUCUCUCUCCCCUCCGGCAUGUUUUAAGGCCGGCCCUAGCCGCUCUCCUUUGGGCUUUCCUUCCAGUCGCCUCACCGCCGUCGGGUCCCCGUUCCCCCCGCCCUCGGACCGUGAGCUUCCCCCUCGAAGGGCCGGCGGCUGGGGGGGGAGCGGGGGCGGUGGGCGCCGGGGGGGGGGCGAGGGCAGAAAAGCCCCCGCUCGGCACCAUGGCGUCCAGCUAUGCCCACGCUAUGGAGAGGCAGGCCCUGCUGCCAGCCCGCCUCGACGGCCCCGCCGGCCUGGACAAUUUACAAGCCAAGAAGAACUUUUCCGUGAGUCACCUGCUGGACCUGGAGGAGGCGGGCGACAUGGUGGCCGCGCAGGGGGACGAGGGCGGCGGCGAGCCCGGCCGGAGCUUGUUGGAGUCCCCCGGGCUGACCAGCGGCAGCGAUACUCCGCAGCAGGACAAUGAUCAGCUGAAUUCAGAAGAGAAGAAGAAAAGAAAGCAGAGAAGGAACAGGACUACCUUCAACAGCAGCCAGCUCCAGGCACUAGAGAGGGUCUUUGAGAGGACACACUACCCCGAUGCCUUUGUACGGGAAGACCUUGCACGCAGAGUCAACCUCACUGAAGCCAGAGUUCAGGUGUGGUUCCAGAACCGGAGAGCCAAGUUUCGCCGGAAUGAGAGGGCCAUGCUGGCCAGCAAGAAUGCCUCUCUGCUCAAAUCCUACUCAGGGGAUGUGACCGCCGUGGAGCAGCCCAUAGUACCUCGCCCAGCUCCAAGACCCACCGACUAUCUCUCCUGGGGUACCGCCUCGCCUUACAGGUUUAUUGCUUCUGCUCAGUAUACUACGAGCUUCUUCAGUUAAGGACAGUCUCACCCUUGUUGUUUUCCAUUUUUGUAUGGGACUGCAAAAAGAAACCUUCGCUGAUCUCAGCCUGCAGCCGCCUCCCACCCAACACCGCGCUGAGGCACAAAGCUUGCUCCCUUGCCCCAGCUCACCCUAGAAGAAGAAAUUGUUUGGUCACCGCUUUCCGUUGUAUCCACCUGACAUUCCGUCCCCUCCCACAUUCCGUGUGCCACAGUGGCAAUGCUGUUGAUGUUGACUGCAAGAAGCCCAUUGGCGCUGUGGGCUGGGAGCAUCCUUGCCGGGUCGCCUGGACCACGACACAAGGAAGAUCUCUGUGGGCUUCACACACUUUGUCGGUGCCUCGAAAAGCCAAAAGAGAGAAAAGCCAAUGUGUGUUUGUGAGUGGGGGGGAGGAUGGAGAAGGGUUCGCUCUGUAGUGCCAAGAAUAGGACUGUUAGGACACUCCUUUCCAUGCCUUACGGCUUGUGCCACAGGGAGAGGUAUUGUCCAGAUGCAUUUGUUUUAUAUAUACUGUAUAUAUUUAUAUAUAUAAGAUAUACUUGCAAGCUUGGUUGGUGUUUUUUAUUAAACGAAAUAAAAUCCAUUGAAAAUGCUUGGGAUGUCUGUGCUGCAUCCAGGUUCCUGGAGCUGUGUGUUGAAAUUCCAGCCACAACCUCACAUCCUUGUCAGACCCUUCCCCACAGCCUCCUGCAGCACUCACAGUGGCUCUCCUCUUCCCACAGCAGUGGGGCUGGAGGGAAGAUAUGUUUGUAUGCAGAUUUUUCUCUAGGGCAUUUGCAUCCAGAUAGGCAGGUAAGAUCCUCAUCUUAUUCUAUCUGACUAGAUAGGUUCGUGUGAUUGGAAAUGCACAAGGACAUCCCAGUGGAAAAUCUCCACCAGUCCCUCAGAGGAUGGGUAAUAUCUCAGCAGGGAGAACACACAGACCUAUCAUUACCACCUGCCCUCUGGCCUUCACCACUCUCCUUUUCUCUCCCCACCUGCUCCCCUCCCUCCUCUGGAGAGCCAAUUAGGACCUAAUUUCCUCCCCUCCUUGAAAAUCAGAUGAGAUACAACCUGAAAGGAGUGCCUUCUAUGCAAGCAAAGAUCUUAGGAUCUUUCAUGUUGCUUGUUGUGUCUGCCUCUUGGAAACCUUGGGUGAGGAAGGGGCUUACUUAUAGCAGAUAGUGCUUCUCCAAUGGAGGGGGCUUGACCCUGGAGCUGCCCUACUGAAUUCAGCAGAACUGAUCUGUGGUCCAUGCACGGAUGUGGGGAGGAGGAUGAAGCUCAGCCAUGAGUGGUACUCCGUAAGUCUGAGGUCUCCAUGCUUGGUGUUUGCUGCCUUGGGCACGUGCAGAUGUCUGAUACAGGGGUUUGGUAGUCUAAAAUAGCACAUUGCAGGAAAUGAGAAAUAAAUCUCUUAAAGUGAAGGUGAAAAUUAAACUGGCAGAGUAUGAAUGGAAGUCCAGAUGAGGUAUCUGAG